AUGUUCGAGCACAUUACAGCGAGUGCGGCCAGCCUUGCGAAACAACAUAGUCUGAACACCGAGGCAUAUAUCGGUCGCAGUACCAUGAAGGAAGCCCGAGACAAUGACGGAUCCGUACCCUGUCUUCGUUGUAAGCGAGAUAAUCUCGAUUGUGUACUGGGUGGCAGCAAUCGCGGCGGUCGAAGAGUACGUCGCAAAACAGUUGAAGAGGGUAUUCUCCCUUCCUUAACAAAUUACCACCAAGAGGAGAGUAGUUUCCCUUUAGGCAACGUCGGAACAACACCAUGGAUCCGGGCCGACCCCGCCUCUCAGCUACCCGAAGGAGACAAUCAGCUCCACAGUUCCGAAACGUCAACAUCCGAAGAGAUGACCUUUCCUAAUCUACAGAAUCCUUCCGAUGCUCUUGGUAUACUUGCAAGAGUUGCAGAAUCUAGCUCGGAGGAGACUGCGCCCAACAACCAUGCUCCACCAGCAACUCAACCUGUCGUCGUACCCCCAGUACACACGCAAUCUUCAAUGAUAUAUGGUUAUGAUCCACUUGACAAAGGAACCAUCACGCUACCUACAAUACACCAAUUGCUUGCGCGAUACCAGGAGAACUAUCACCCUUACUAUCCGCUAGCCCGCGUAGAGACCUUUGAUACCUCAAGACUGGCCCAUACUGCGAAGACAGAGCCUCAUCUGCUGACGGCCAUUUUUGUCAUCGCUUCGAAAGACCUGGUGGAAGAACCCUACAUUUAUGAAGCAUGCUCGGGGCAUAUGAAGAGCCUUGUCUCCACCUUGGCUGCUGGCGGCGAUGCCGGUGUAGAAGCAGUAGAAGCUCUCUUGAUCCUUGCCGAGUGGGCUCCCUAUACACAAAGGAACUCGGGCAAGGUCGGUAAAGGCGAGGAGGAUAAAGAAAGCUGGAUGCAUGUCGGUUUGGCUCUACGCAUAGCUUACUUCCUGGCUCUGGACAAGUACUCCUUCCGAUUCGUGGACCAGGAGAAGGACCCCGACCAUGACCGCAAGCGUCUCUUGUGGACAUCUGCCUAUGUUUCAGAUCGACACAUCUCCAUACGUAUAGGAAAAGCCUUCUGGUCGAGAGGCCCGGGUCCGCUUACAACGCUUCGACGUGAGGACUACCCUUCGCUGUUCCCGAGAAGUGCAAAUCAAGAAGACUAUGCAAGUAUUUUCCAAGCCAAUCUGGAACUCACACAGCUCUUCAGUAACGUUCAUGACACCCUCUACUCAAACCCGGGUUCCAGUUUCCGCACGCACAUGAGUGGCAGUUACAUUAAGUUCAUCGACGACUUUCGUGCAGCCAUAUACGGUUGGAAAAGUGUAUGGGGUACACUUACCUGCUCACCGCCUCUAAAAGCUUGUCUACUAAUGUCUUAUGAUUAUCUGCGAUUAUAUAUCAACGCUUUUGCCUUCCAAGCGACGAUUCUCCGCGCGCUCCCCGCUGCUAAUGGCUCUAUAGACCCUUCAGCAGGUGGGCACAGCGACCGGCGCGGAUCGAAAAUGCACGCUCCACAGCGCGUCUUCGUCAACAACGUAGGAGCAGUUGGAGAUGCACGAUUCAUCUACGAAGGACUUGAUGCAGCAAAAGCCAUCCUGACCACCGCCAACAACUUCGUCGACCCAGAGAAGUCGCUUCGCUACAUGCCACUACGGUACUACCUCUAUCUAGUCUAUGCCGGCGUCUUUCUCUACAGAGCACGCUGCACGGGCGUCAUAAGCAACGACGAAGACCGCGCAAUCCGUGCCAUGAUCAACGAAACAGUCACCCGUCUCCAGCGCAGCAGCGUGGGCGCCAACAUUGGGAUUCAGCACCCCGGCUCCCGCUACAGCCAGCUGCUCCGUCUCCUCUGGGCCAAAGCACCCCGCAAAGACAAAUCCAGCAACACCACCUUCCGGCAUCCAGGCACGCACGUAGCAAGUCACUCUCUCGAUAGCGGUAGUGGAAACUACCCUCCUCUUCCAGGCCAAAGUGGCGGCUCGGCUCAAUCACCCUCCCAUACUGGCAGCACUGGUACCGCGGAGAGCCCCGCGAUGACCGAGCAAAUGGGUGAUUUUGGGUGGACUGAUCUCGGCGCUGUCGGAAACUUUGCCAUAAAUGGGAGCGGGAUCACAGGACCGGUCGAUGAGGCAGCACUGUGGUCGGGUUUCUUGCCGCUGGACAUGGGAUGGAGUUCAGCCAUGGGAGGGUCGGGAUUAGGUAAGCAUAUACAUCGUCAACCCUCAUCCGCGAGACAAGAAGGCCAUCAUUUACUUGAGAUCAUGCCGAAAGCCACAGUCCAUCUUAUCGCUCUACAGCCCACCACCAACGCCUCGAACUUCAUCGAUGAACUCAAACUAGUGAGCUUCGACGAGCCACCAUAUAUCAUCAAGGGCAGACCAUGCGGCUGGGUCCAAAGUCCUCGCAGUCUCCACAAGGAAGAACUAACCGACCACGAUUGGGACAUCUUCCUCCUCACCAAGUCGGAGACCCUCCCAGCUGGAAUGGCCGGCUCACUAGCAAACCGUAUCUCCACCACCGUCGAAGUACCUCAGGCGCAAUACGACAAUCUCCUAUCGCAAGCGGGCCAGAAGCCCCAGCCAGCGAAAGAAACACCCCCACUGCCAGACGACUGGCAACCAGAUGAGGUCCACGCCGGCAGACGAGGCUCAAAGUUCUACGGCAGGAUCCCAUCGCACGAAGUGCUGGAUGCGCUCGACCGAGAAGAACACCCAGGCGAGCUCAGGCUAGAUCAUCCCAUGGCGUGGUUCCUAUCCAGCGCUGAACCAGCUAGCAUACGAGGAUCGCCGACUUGUUUCUUCAAUCUUUUCAAGUACAAGAACGGCGAUAAGUCGACGCAUGAUGGCUACAUGCGGGGCUUCCAGGAGAAAUUCGGACCGGCGGCAGGUGGGCAGAUUAGGUUUAUGGGACCUGUUGGGGACCUGAGGUUUGGCGCGGGUGACGGACAGAACGGUAGUGGGUGGGAUGAGGCGAACCUGACGCAAUAUGAUAGCGUGUGGCAUUAUGCGUAUAUGUUGAGUACGGAUGUGUAUAAGGAGUUGAAUAGGGAGAAGGUGAGGGGUCUGGAGGAUACGUGUAUUCUGAUUGUGAGCGAGUUGGCGCUGUGA